AUGGAGGACGGCACGGAGUACGGCCAUGGUGGGCUGCAGCAUCACGUGCCCUCCCACGCUUCGCACCUGCCGAAGGAGCUGACGCAUCAACACCAGCAACACCAGCAACACCAGCAACAUCAGCAACAGCUCCAUCACAACGGCCAGCCCCAGGGUCCGGUUCAUGUACGCGCUCACGCACAUCAACCCCUGCAGCAGUCCCAUCACGCGAAGCUGCUGCAACAUCAAUCCCCCUCCCCGCAACCGUUGCACCUGCCCAGCUCUCCGGCCUGGUACGCCGGAACAUCCUCCGGUGGGACACUUCGUGGGGCGAGUUCUGGCCGGCGAGCAUCUUACGGACACACCCAUUAUGGCUUCCCACAACCCCAACAACAACUCCAGCCCCAGCAGCAGCAACAGCAGCAAUCCCAACAACAACAAUCCCAACAGCAACAUCUCGGCAACUACCACGAGCUAGCGGAUGCGGUGUCAAUCGGAAGUGGCCACUCGGCGCAGCGUUACAUCGAACAUUCGAUGCCACCAACGCACCAACGUGGGCCACUGAUCGAACGUGGAACCAGCGAUGGGUUGAGUCGAGCUGCAGGACCUCCUCCGGGUGGGUUGUUGAUCGAUCGGCAACAUGGCGGCGGUGCUACAGACCGGUUCGGGACGCUCGAUGAUCCACUGGCCAGCAGCUGUCUGCAACCUCCAUCACCGGCACCGAGCAAUGACCACUACGUGAUGGGACUUCCGGCUCCGGGACCGGCCCCGUCCAGUCAUCACUACACCGACCGGCAUUACGGUACGAUCCAGCGACGAACGGCGAGUCCUUCGAACGUCAGGUACCGGCACAGCCUCACGGACACCUACCGGGACAUAUCGCCCCAGUGUGAUCGGUACAUCCCCCCACCGGCGCACUUCCUCGGUGGUGACACCUACGGUUAUCUCGGUUCGAACGUGCACACACCCAUCAAGCGGUACGUGCCGACACCGCCUCCACAGGAUCCACCCUAUCCGUCCCUUGGUGGGCCGGGUGGUGGCUCCUCCACCGCCAAAACGCAAGCCCUCAUGAGUGCCCUGCUCGGGCAGGGUGUCCCGUUGGGAAAUGCACCCCCACCCGCUAGCCAACGCGCCCCAUCAUCAUCAUCAUCAUCCCAUCACGCCCACGUGCAACAGUACGCCUACGCCACCAGCACGCUACCGUACGGGUUCCGAGUGAAGGGUGCCACCGGAGGCAACGUAGGCUCCGGUUUGACCGACCCCAUCACCGCCAACGCCACCGCCACCUCCAGCACCACCAUAUCGCCACCGAAGGGUUUCGAAACGCCCGACCAUUACGGUGGCAACAGCGCCAUCAAUACACCGCCAGCCCGUGUUCGACCCCCCAAGUGCCCGUCGUCUUCCACCGGUGGGGAGCGGGGGGGAAGUGUGCCAUCCCACAGUACCGCCACGUUACCUCACGGUACGAGCGGACACGUGUCUCGCAGCAGCAGCCGACACUCGCAAAGCUCCACCGCUGGGUCUUCCACCGGUGGUGUUUAUCGGAUGGCAAGGACCUCGAGUGCGGAGUUUUUGGAUCAACCCCGGGGUGGUAGCUACCGUGUGUCCACACCGGUGAGCGUUAUGAGCGAACCGAACGGUUCGACCGGUGGUAGUGCGUCCUGUUUGCAUUGCAACACGUUGCGCAGGACGACGGGCGUACACCAGACGACGCAAACGACGGGCCCGAUUAGUCCGCAAGCGGGCACGCAACCGGAACCAACAGGAUGUCACUCGGUUCCGGUUAGUCCGGGUACGGUCACCUCACCGCAGCAGCUUCCGAAUCCUGGACCACCCACCUCAUCUUCACCACACCCACAGCAACAGGCGCACCUUUUGGCGUUAGCUUCUUACGGCCAAUCGCAGCAGAAUCUCACGCAAGUCCCACCGGGCAUGGUAGUAGCAGCGGCAGCAGCAGCACAAUCACAUUCCCAGACGUACGAAAACCCGGUGACGGGUGAAGCUCCCGAUGGGGCGGCCAUUUCGCGCAAUUCCAGCAAACAUCAGUUCGUGCCAUCCGCUGCUGGUCGUGGUGUUGAGACGGCAUCCAUCGAGAGCCUACUUAGCGCCAGCAGCAGCCGAUCCUUGCUGCAGCAUAACGCGCUGUCACAGCCAUCCUUAUCUCCAGCCCCAGCUGUCACUCAGCAGGCGCCGUCACAGCAACAACAACAACAAACAUCACAACAAAUACCACCGCUACAGCCUACGAGCGUAAGUGCAUCGAUCACGCCAGCCCAUCCACAGCAACCAUCCGCAACAGCACCGCAACAAUCAAUACCACCGCAAUCGCAGUUGGCCAGCCCACAGCAACAACCGCUCGGUCCGGAUCUCGCGCCACAGGUCGCGCCCGUACAGCAACCGGCGAUGCUGGUGCCCGUGCAGCAACAGCAACAACCACUGCCCUCGCCGGCCAUCGCACCGUACGUGUCCGUGGCAGCACACGCCCUGCCACCCCACGCAGGACACGGUUCGUUGAACGAUUCACCGGCAUCAACGCUGCAACGCAGCAGCAACGCGCAGCUUCUGCGCAUCCCCCAAUCGAACCUGUCCUGCAAGCAGCGCGUCAAGGAGUACGUGCGGCGUGAGACGGCCAAAUUCUUCGGCGUACCGGUGCAGGACGAGGAGUACGAACGGACGAAGUGGGACGAUAGGCAGCGCCGGUUCGCCUGCCGCAGGUUUGGCACGUUGCGGGAUGAUCUUGAUCUCGGGCACCCGGUGCUCGGUGGUGGAGUACAUCAUCUACAUCACCAUCACCAUCAUCAUCACCAUCAUCACGGGCAUCAUGCGAACGAGUACGGUCACGGGGUUAACCAUGGAGCGGGUUCACUUCCACCGUCCGAUCGGCCCGAUAUCCUGCCAGCCCAGAGCCAGGACGAACGGGAAACGGAGCUAAGCAGACGACAGCGUGCAAAUCCACACUACGCCUCGGUACAGGACCAGCAGGGUGAUGUGUAUUUGAUCCGUGCCGAACGGAAACCCUCCGUACCGGCCGUUAUCUGCAGUGGGUUAAACUUCCUCGUGCAGAGCGUGACACGCCGACGGCUUCGGACGCACAAACAGUGGUCACGAAGUUUCGCACCCGCGCAUGUUGAGCUGACCGGAUCGGAUGGAUCGGAACAUGGGUGUGAUGGUCUCGCGCCCAUUCACGAUGGUGAGGCAUUCUUUGACACACCGACGGCCGGUGCUGGUGGGGCACCACAGGAUCGAGCACACCAGGCGGCCGGGUUGUUGGCUCACGAACACUCCCGGCAGUUGUUUGUGUCUGACGGAGAUCGAGCGACCGGCAGUGGCAUCAUUAACGGGUGGCGUACGAAGACGUCCGAGUUGCACCAGCAACAGCAAGCUGCUGGACAGGUUCAGGGUGCUGGUCAGCAGGUUCAAGAACCGGGUGCCGGAACCGGUGGUGACAUCUACGGCCAGCGGAUCUCAUCGCACAUCCUUGACGGGGUGUUGGAUAACUCGCUGCGGCCUGUUCGCAACCGGGUGAAGCUGUUGCGGCCCAACCUGCUCGAUGAACGAUACGACUAUCGGCCGUUCUUUACCUACUGGAUCAACACGGUGCAGAUCGUGGUCAUGGUGUUGUCGCUGAUCUGCUACGGGUUUGGACCGAUCGGGUUAGGUAUGGAGUACCGCACGGCGCAGGUCCUUGUGACGAGCCUCAGUCUACAGCAGGUACACCAUCAGGAACCACGGAACAUCUGGAUCGGGUUGCGCAGUGCUGAUCUGAUACAUCUCGGCGCCAAGUACGGGGCAUGCAUGCGCCGAGACACCAAGAUCCUGGACGUGGUAUCGCGAACUCGCAAACACGAACGAGAAACGGCCUGUUGCAUCCGUAACGACGAUUCGGGCUGUGUGCAGAGCUCUCAGGCCGAUUGCUCUAUCCGUGGCUGGCCAUCGAAGACGAUCGCCACGUGGAAAAAGUGGUCCCCGGGUGAGUCCGGUCCUGGUGGCCGGAUCUCAGGCAGCGUGUGUGGCCUCGACCCAAAGUACUGUGACGCACCGGCAUCGAUCGCACCGCACGAGUGGCCGGACGACAUCACCAAGUGGCCUAUCUGCCGGAAGAACAACCAGCUGUCGCAGCGGUUCCGCUUCAAGGACCACACGGCCGAACACAUGGUGUGCGAGGUGAUCGGACAUCCGUGUUGCAUCGGUGUGUACGGCGAGUGCCGCAUCACGACCAGGGAAUACUGUGAUUUCGUUAACGGGUACUUUCACGAGGAGGCGUCCCUAUGCUCGCAGGUCUCGUGCUUGAACGACGUUUGCGGCAUGUUUCACUUCAUCGCCGUCGACUACCCGGACCAGUUUUACCGUCUCUUUACGUCGCUGCUGCUGCACGCCGGGCUCGUCCAUCUGAUCAUCAGCGUAGCCUUCCAGCAUCUGCUGCUGGCCGACCUGGAGCGGUUGAUUGGGCCGCUUCGGACCGCCAUCCUGUACAUUGGGUCGGGGAUCGCGGGCAAUCUGACGAGUGCCAUAUUCGUGCCAUACAAGGCGGAGGUUGGACCACUGCCGUCGAUCGCGGGCGUGCUUGCGUCGCUGAUGCUGCAACUCGUGCUGUGCCAUUGGAAGAGCUUGAAAAAACCACACAUAGCCAUGAUCAAACUGCUCGUGCUUGGCUGCACGCUGUUCGGGCUGGGGACACUACCACUGCAGCAGAACUUCACCGGACUGGUCGCAGGUCUGCUGACCGGGGCAACGCUCACGUUAGCGUUCGUACCGUUCGUUAACGUUACGAAGCAUAGCCGCAAGAGCAAGGUCAACCUCAUCUGGACGUGCGUGACGCUGCAGCUCGUCCUGUACGCCGUGAUGUUCAUCAUUUUCUACGCCUUCCCAGCGCUGUUCGAGUCGCUCAACUUCAUCGACGGCAAUCAGCUGAUGGAUCCGAACGCGGGCCACGGUUAUCACGACCACUACAGCCUGUACGAUGGGUACAACAACUACAACCCGCUCGGGGGUGCUGGCCAUGCGUCCGGUGGGGCACAUGGCCACAACCACGGGGUCAGCAAUACGGGUGGCACAGGCAAUACCGGAGGGACCGGUGGUGGAAAUCACAUCAUCAGCACGUACAACAACAACUACAAAUCUUCCGGCGGUGGUGGCAACGUGAUGCACAACCACCACGAUUACAGCUCGGGUGGUGGUGGAGGAGGUGGAGGAGGUGGAACGGGCGGGAACGUCAUGCCCGGAGGCACGAACCGGAACCCGGCUUUCGGCAGGAGCUCGGGCGGAAACAACCUGCUGAAGACGAUCAGCCUGUGCGAUAAGGGUCAGUGCGUGUUGCGACAACCCCGGCAGGUGGACACGAAUGCAUGACGUCGAUGUUUUCUGCU